GGGCGGCGCCAUCUUGGACCCCCCCCUUCCCACAGAGCGCGCCGCCAUCUUGUGACCCCUCCCCCCGCGCAGCCGGGCACCGGCCGCUCCGCCGCCUUGGAGCCUCUGCGGUAGCGGAGCCGCACCCGGCGGCUCCGUACAAUCCUCCCCGCGCCCCUCCGCCGUUCGCGCCGGCCCCGCCGCCACCGGGCCCGGUCCGGAGGCCACCGAGAUGACGGUGAAACUCCUCCCGGUCCCCCCCACAAAAUGUCGCCGCCUCCUCCCUUCCCACCCUCCCCACAAUGUCGCCCCCCGUCCGCGGCCAAGAUGGCGCCGCCCGGGUCCGGAGGGGGCGUGUCCGCGCCGGCCCCGCCCCCUCCCGUCGCUUCCCGCCCACCCUCGGCGGCCGCCGGACACAGGCGCAAGAUGGCGGCUCCCAGGGCGGCGUGAGGGGCCGCCGCCGUCGCGCUCUGCCCGCAGCCGCAGCCCCGCGCCGGGAGCCGCAGCAGCCGCGUCACCCCCGGAGCCGCCGCCGGGAAUCGGGGAGCGGCCGAGGGCCGGGAGGGGGAGGCGGCCGCGGGGCCGCGGACAGGCAGCGGGGGACGCAUGGCAGGCCUGGGCGGGGGGGGGUCCCCUCCUCGGGCCCCCCCGGGCCCCCCCGCGCUGCAGCCCCGCUGGAAGCGGGUGGUGGGCUGGGCUGGGCCGGUGCCACGGCCCCGGCACGGCCACCGAGCCGUGGCCAUCAAGGAGCUGAUCGUGGUCUUCGGGGGGGGCAACGAGGGCAUCGUGGAUGAGCUGCACGUCUACAACACAGCCACCAACCAGUGGUUCAUCCCGGCCGUGCGGGGGGACAUCCCCCCGGGCUGCGCCGCCUACGGCUUCGUGUGCGACGGGACGCGGCUGCUGGUGUUCGGGGGCAUGGUGGAGUACGGCAAGUACAGCAACGACCUCUACGAGCUGCAGGCCUCCAGGUGGGAGUGGAAGCGGCUGAAGGCGAAGACCCCCAAGAAUGGACCCCCCCCUUGCCCCCGGCUGGGCCACAGCUUCUCCCUGGUGGGCAACAAGUGUUACCUGUUUGGGGGGCUGGCCAACGACAGCGAGGACCCCAAAAACAACAUCCCCAGGUACCUGAACGAUUUGUACGUUCUGGAGCUUCGCCCGGGCUCGGGGGUCCUGGCCUGGGACAUCCCCAUCACUUACGGGGUCCUUCCUCCUCCUCGGGAGUCGCACACGGCCGUGGUGUACACGGAGCGCGACGGGCGGCGCUCGCGCCUCGUCAUCUACGGGGGCAUGAGCGGCUGCAGGCUGGGGGAUCUCUGGACCCUCGACAUUGAGACGCUGACCUGGAACAAGCCGAGCCUGAGCGGGGUCGCUCCCCUCCCCCGCAGCCUCCACUCAGCCACCACCAUCGGCAACAAGAUGUACGUUUUUGGGGGGUGGGUGCCCCUGGUGAUGGACGACGUGAAGGUGGCGACGCACGAGAAGGAGUGGAAGUGCACCAACACCCUGGCCUGCCUCAACCUGGACUCGAUGGCGUGGGAGCCGCUGGUUCUGGAGACCCUCGAGGACAAUGUGCCGCGGGCUCGCGCCGGGCACUGCGCCGUGGCCAUCGCCACCCGCCUGUACAUCUGGAGCGGGCGCGACGGCUACCGCAAGGCCUGGAACAACCAGGUGUGCUGCAAGGACCUGUGGUACCUGGAGACAGAGCGCCCCCCGGCGCCGGGCCGCGUGCAGCUGGUCCGUGCUAACACCACGUCGCUGGAGGUGAGCUGGGGCGCGGUGCCCACGGCCGACUCGUACCUGCUGCAGCUGCAGAAGUACGAGCUGCCCGCCGCCCCCGCCCCUCCCCCCGUGCCCUCCGUGCCCGCCAACCCCCCCAAGAGCCCCGCCCCCGCCGCCCCCGCCCCUCCCCCCGCGCCCCCCGCCCUGCCCCAGCUCGGGGGGGUGGGGCUCACCCUGCUGGGCCCCGCCCCCGCCCCGCCCCCCGCCACCACCCUGCAGGUGCUGCCGGCGGUGCCAGGGCUGACCCUCCCGUGUCCCCAAUGUCCCCCCCGUGUCCCCAAUGUCCCCCCAGGUGUGCCGGCGGUGCUGAAGGUGAGCGGGACCCCCGCGGGCACGGCGGGACCCCCGCUGGUCACCGUGCGCUCGGCCGGGCCCGGCAAGGCCCCGGUGACGGUGACAUCGCUGCCCGCCGGCGUCAGGAUGGUGGUGCCCAGCCAGAGCCCCCAGGGCACGGUGAUUGGCAGUAGCCCUCAGAUGAGUGGCAUGGCGGCGCUGGCGGCGGCGGCCGCGGCCACCCAGAAGAUUCCGCCGGCGUCGGCGCCCACCGUGCUCAGCGUCCCCGCGGGGGCCACCAUCGUCAAAACGGUGGCCGUCACCCCCGGGGCCACCACCCUGCCCGCCACCGUCAAGGUGGCCUCGUCACCUGUCAUGGUGAGCAACCCGGCCACGCGGAUGCUGAAGACGGCGGCCGCCCAGGUGGGCACGGCCGGGGGGUCCCCGGCGGCCACCAACGCGGCCACCAGGCCGAUCAUCACGGUGCACAAGUCGGGGACAGUGACGGUGGCCCAGCAGGCCCAGGUGGUCACCACCGUGGUCGGAGGGGUCACCAAAACCAUCACCCUGGUCAAGAGCCCCAUCUCGGUGCCGGGGGGCAGCGCCCUGAUCUCCAACCUGGGCAAGGUGAUGUCGGUGGUGCAGACGAAGCCGGUGCAGAGCUCGGCCGUGACCGGCCAGGCCUCGAGCGGCCCCGUCACCCAAAUCAUCCAGACCAAGGGCCCCCUCCCCCCCCUGACUGACCCCUCCCCCCGGGAUUUGGGGUGA